AUGCGGAUCGAUGCGAUCAACCUAGCGCAACGCAUCGCCAAUUCUGACGGUUACACUAGUACUGUAGCGCGUAGGCCAGUUCUUGGUGCGCGGCGAGAAUAUGCUACAGUGCCUGACUCGAAUAAGAUCAAUUGCUGCCUGCCUCUCAUAACCGACGAUUUGAGUAAAGCUAUACGGGCUAGUCUGGUGAAUUGCGGUCUCGAGGAUCAACUGAGAAUUGUGGAAAAACCUCCAACAAAUCUCAAGAAGCAAUUGGCUCUGGCGAAGGCGAGAAUGUCGAAACUAUCUGAGUUCUGCGCUACCCUUCAAAACGAACAAGUUUUUCUAACCCCGCCAAUUAUUCUUCCAAGGGGUGGUCAGUCAAUCGAAUCAGUUUGUGGUUCAACCGGUGGACGAUCGUUUCUCCUACAAUCACAUAAACUGAUUGGUCCCAUGGUAGAUCAGAUUGUUCAAGCAAUUCAACUCAAUGGUAUCAUCGUUCGCUUCGAGUGUCCAACCCUUGCAAGCGUUCGAGAAGGUAAUGAAGAUACGAUGUCGGAUCGAGACAAAGCUCGCCUUCGUUUACGUAAUCAUAUGGAAACUAGACCAUUAACACUCGUCUACGUGAAAGGGCUUGGUGGACGGCCGCCGACUGGGCAUUGGCCAAUUCCAGAGGCUUUCUGGCAUGAUCGGAUUGAGUGA